GGGGGGCGGGGGGUGCGCGCCGCGUCGGUGCUAGUGGCCCUGUCUGGGAUUCCGCGCCUGCGCACCAGGUCGCAGUGGCUGUGUGUCGCGGGGGCGCUGGCGCGGCGCUUGGGAGGAGAGUUCCCGCGUCCCUCUGAGCCGACUCCGCCGAGGGCUCCCUGAGGUGUAUCUCCAUGAAUAACUUAAAUGAUCCUCCAAAUUGGAACAUCCGGCCUAAUCCCAGGGCUGAUGGAGGUGAUGGGAGCAGGUGGAAUUAUGCCCUGUUGGUACCAAUGCUGGGAUUAGCAGCAUUUCGUUGGAUUUGGUCUAGGGAGUCCCAGAAAGAAAUAGAGAAAGAGAGAGAAGUGUAUCGUCAGAGAACAGUGGCUUUCCAACAGGAUCUUGAAGCCAGAUACCAUGCUGUCAUCUCAGAACACCGACGAGCUGUUGCUCAGCUGUCUUUGGAACUUGAAAAGGAGCAAAACAGGACAGCUAGUUAUCGAGAAGCCCUCAUCUCUCAGGGGCGCAAAUUGGUGGAAGAAAGGAAGCUUCUAGAACAGGAACGGGCUCGAGUAUUGCAAGAAAAAAGUCAGGUGCAGCCUCUAAGAAGUGUGUAUCUGAGCUGUCUGGAAGAAGAGCAAGACUGGCAAAAGAAAGCCCAGCUCACGCUGAAGGAGGUAGGAGAAGCUCUUAUGGAGAGACAGAACAUCUACUGCAGUCCAGUUCUCCCCCGCCGUGUUAGGCUGCAGCUGGAAAAGAACUUAUUGGUGCGUGUUUCCAUGGACUCAGUGGCCACCGACCUAGACAUGGCAGCUGGCUUAACUGACAUAUUCAAGCAUGAUAAGCAUUGUGGAGACAUCUGGAACACCAACAAACGACAAAAUGGGAGGCUCAUGUGGUUGUAUCUCAAGUACUGGGAACUCGUUGUUGAACUGAAAAAGUUUAAGCGAGUGGAACAGGCCAUAUUAGAAAAGUAAGAAGACCAGACAAUCAUUUGUUCUUGGAUUUCGCAUGGCAUGUCUUUCCCUGCCAUCCCUAUGUGACCAGGUGUGGCCCUCUCCAGGGAAUCUACUGUUUCUGAAGAGUGCAACAAGAAAGACCCUGGCAGGCAAAGCUCCCUCUGGUGUCCUGCAGCAGUGAAAAUUCAGUGUCGUUAAAGCAUUUUUGUGCUGCUAAUAUUUAGCAGAACAGUAUUGCCUCAUAUUUUAGCUCUAGGGUAAAAAUUGUUUUUCAAAGAUAAAAUACAAUAUUGAUCCUCAUCAUACGUGAUUUCUUUAUUGGUUUUUCUCUCUCCCUAAAUCAAUUCUGACUUUAAAGUACUUUACUCCUUCCCCAGAUUCCAUUCAGAGGUUGUCAAGUGAUGCCUUACACUGGCCUACCGAUGCUAAUGCAAUAAAGAUAAAAUAUUACCGA